AUGGUAAACACAUACUCCACCACGCGUGUACACUUUACGAGGGAACCGUGAAGGCAGCCGUUACCACGACGACCGUACACAAAUGAAACGCCGCGCUGCUGGUGUGUUUUCCACUGCCACCGACAGUAUCAGACGAAGCCAAAAUUAAACACCGCCCGGUGCAGUGAAGCAACAGCUGCCAGAGGAAACCUCAGACAUGUCAGCACCACAAGCCACAGAGGAGCCAGAGAUUUCUUCAGGCGCCACUGAUGGCGCUGCCAAAUCACAUAAACAAGACAUGCGCAGAGCGAGGAGGGAGACGCGACAGAGCCCAUUCAAAGUGCCAGACAACAAUAGCAUUUUUCUACUGAGUGCAAAAGAAAAAAAGGACCAAAAGGAGGAGACGCGUAAAUUCCUGGCUCUGCCAAUUGAAGAGAAGACGACCCACGCUGCGCGAAUGAUGGCCAAGCUGAAGAAAGAGCUGGUGGGAGAAGUGGAGGAGGAGGAGGAGGAGGAGAAAAAGGAGAAGAUGAAGAAUCUGAAACAGAUCAAGGGUAAAACUACUUUGCCUAAACCGACACCAGGCAGGCACGAGCUGAAGAUGGCCAUGAUGAGACGAGAAAACAUUUCAAAAGACAGCAAGCAUGACUUGAUCUCCAUGGAACGGCAGAAGGCCGUGUUGGAGUUAUCUCUGAUGACGAAGAGGAGUGAGAUUUCGAAGAUGGACAGGGCCAUCGCGAAAGAGGAGAGGCAGCUUCGGCGGCUUGAAAGGACCAUCGAGGGAGACAACCUCAGCUUCGAGGAGUUCCUCAGGGAGAACGAGAAGAAGUCGGUGGAGGCCAGAACGUUCUUCGAACGGGAGGCCAAGUCCAAACAGGAGAAGACUGCCAAGAUCAAGAAACUGACGGCUGAAAUAGGGACCAUAACAAGUGAACUCGCCAAGUCCGAAGAAAUCCUGGUGGACUACAAGAGGUACAAGGAGCUCCUGUUCAAGCUGUCUCCUCCAGAGUGGCAGGAGGCCCAGAGAGCCAAGGCUUCGGGAGCUAGAGUCCUGUCUGUCGAAGACACGCGGGGCGAGCAGAAAAAGCAGCCGGUGGAGUCUGCAAUUAGCAACAAGGGUUCGGAGAGCAGGGCGUCCAGUCCAGGUCGAGAGCUGCCUCCCCUCAGAGAGACCGGGCCGUCCUCGGCCCACGGCGACACGCGGAUCACAAGAUCUAAACUGGAUGGUGACAGCUCAGAGUAUGAGGAGGAGCCAGAGCUGUACUUCUCUGAUCCCCAUCAGCUCCUGGAUCUGGUUACUGCGCUGACAGAGCAGAACUUGUCCCUGAUUCAGAACUCUACCAGGGUGGAGGAGGCGGCGGAGGAGCUCCGCCAGUCGUUGGGCACGGCCAGGAAGAAGAUUGAAAACGAUGAGGAGCAGUUGAAACUGCAGAUAAAUGACAUCAACCAGAGGAUCAACGAAGAGAAGGCGAGAGGCAACCGGCUCAAACAGAAGGUUCAGCUCCACGUCUCGUUAAACAGCGAAGACCAGGACGUGAUGCUCGACGCUCUCGGCGAGAAAGUGGCGGAGGUGCACCGCGCCUGCGUGGAUGACAGGGUGACCAACCUCAGCACCUUGGAGAAGCUGGCCAGCAUUGAGAACCACCUGUCCGUGCUGCUGCAGAGCCUCGAGAGCAUGCCUGAAGAAAGCGUGGCAAUGAUGAAGAAGAUCAAGGACAGCGAGCGGAGGAGCAGGGAGCGUGAAGAACUGCUGAGGGAGCAGAGAGAGAAACAGAAAGAGAGGAUGGAGAGGUAUUUGGAGCGAUCCCUGGCUGACUCCAAGAAAAUAAGUGGGAGGAAGCUCAUGCCCAGAUGUUUGCCUGUUGCCCAGAAAGUCAAAGUCACUAAAGUGGACAACAUCCACGCUGAGGAUGAGCUCCAUGCCUACCUCUUCACCUCCGAGGAGACAGAGUGAACUGAAUCUACAUUUGAGGGAGAGAAACUGAAUUUUGGACUUUUAAAGUACGAACAAUAUAAAGUAAAAUGAUGCAGUGAUUGCUGUGAAUUACUGAGUCCCUGUUAAUGCUGUACUUAAGUAAAGCAAAUAGUAUGAUGUGAAAGGUCCUGAUAUUGAGCUGUCAAACAAGAAAUAUAUUUAUAUAUAUAUUGUAAACAGUGUUAGCAAGUAGAUUGAUUCUUUAAAUUUGAAGCAGAAGAACCCAUCAACCCACUCAAUGUUCUUCCAGCUAGAAAAAAAUAAUAACAUUUUCUCUAAAAAGGAAUAUAAAAAGGUUUUAUUUGAUAUGGCAACAUCUCUUAUUUCAAUAAACUCAUGUCAGGAUUUAGAUAUUAGUGAGUUGCAAGGAUUUUUAAACUUACAUGGUUAAAUUUCAAUAAAACCAUUUAUCAUCUCUUCACCCCUCA